CUGGAAAACAAACAUGCCUUUCCAGUGAUAGUUGAUGUAGUUCCAGCCAUGCCGCUCCUACAGGUGUCCACCGGGCUACCCAAGGUUCGGUCGCAGCCCCCUGAUCCUGACUCGCCUCAGUCGGCUGCAACCCUGGUCACUGCUGUCACGCUUUAUGCUGGGCAAAGGUGAGUUUGUAGUAAAACAAAAAGUUUAGUUCCCAGCCUAGGGAAACACUUUUUUUUCUUGUCCACCAGCAUGGCCACCGUGACAUCAGCUGAAAAUCAGUAAUAGGUUAAGCGAGCAAAACAAGUUCAACUCUGCACGUCCAUCACGCUUUUCUCUCCCGUUCCUGAACUACAACAGCCCCGUUUACAUGGAGCAUCACCCUAGCAAGCCUACUUUCCAUAUAUUUCCUUACAAAACGGUCGAAAACGUGGCGAAGCAAACCGUUUACAUGAUAAACAAAAAGUUGGUUCGUUUAGAAGGAUGACCCGUGGGUGGAUCAUACUCUAUAAACAUUUUGGCUUGCCCAGCUGGGUCAACUCGCUCAAUACGAGCCAAUCAGAGCAUGCGACAGUGCUAUUUUAGACGAUCAGAGCAUGCGAGGGCGCUGUUGGCUCGAGCAAAGGGGUCAACUCCCUUUUCUCAUAUCAACGCUCUCUAAAGUUGACUAGGCUGAGCAGGGGACGACGAUUCUUCAUAUAAACGGGGCCUAAGACGUGAAAAGGUCAAUUUUUUUUGUGUUCUGGAAAACUUCAACGCCGAGCAAGGCAUAACUAUCAGAGCUCGGGCGUGAUUCCCUCACCAACCUGAUUUCUAUGGUGUAGCUGGACUACUUCAAAAAUAGUCGCAAAAGGUUUGAAACGACGCGAAAGCAUUUUUUCUUUUAGCGAUGUUGUCUUUGGCGUCACCAUCAUAAAUACUGUAGCAAGCUAAGGUGGAACAUUUUCAUUAUUGAAUACACGUGUGUGAGGCUUCCUUAGAAUGUAUUAUUUCUAGUAUGUACAACUAUGUUUUGUCUGUUCAAUUUUCUAAAUACAGCAUGAAAGGAACCAUUACACUGGAAAAUAUUGGGAGGUUACCAGUGGAUUCACUUAAUAUUACUAUCAGUAGCAAGGAGGGAGAGGGUAAGUGCCCCACACCACCCCAUUGAUACAGGAUUUACACAACUGUGAUUUGCUUACUUAAUAUCAUAAUCAGCGCUGGGGUAACAGCUUGGAUUGAGGAAGGUUUAGCCGGAAGGUGGUAAUCCUUGUUGGAACACCUUAAUGAUCUCAACUCACUUCUCUAUUUAUCGCCUUAAAAACGAAAGUAACGGAAAUUUAAAAUAAACAAAAAAAAAAAGAAGAAAAAAAAUAGGACGGAGAGGGUUCUAGAGAGAGAGGAUAGUUUAAAUGAUCACUUGCACCCUAACAAAAAAUGGCGCCGCGCGGCGUACUACUCUACAGAGGCAUCUUGCUGUUUACGUGUAGGUAGUCAUAUGACAAAAUAUGACUUCAUAUUUCAUAACAUGGACAGAAGACGACUUUCAUUUCCUCAACUGACAGAUUCGUUCGUGUUGGUUUUUCUCAGGUGCUAAUGAACUCUUCAGCUUUGACGAUAAGGAAAUUGUUUCCAAGCUCCCAGUUGUCCCGGGUGAUAUCACUGACAUAACAGUCACAAUAACAGGGACUCCUCAUAUCCCACAAGGUAUCGAAAGCAAUGAGAAGCUAAGCUACGACCCCGAAGCGCCUUGGGGAUUGACGGGAACUAUUCUUUUCCGGUACGCGUCAGGAGUUACCGGAAAUAAAAUGUGUCGUAAGGCUACCAUGGCGAUUGAUGUGACUGUGGUUCCCAGCUUGCUGUGUGAGAACUUUCAGAUUAUUGAGCUUCCAAGGUAAUUUUAUUUAUUUUGGUUAUAAGAGGGGAAAUGAAUAAUAAUAUAACAUGCCCAUCUUUUUUAUUUUUCUAUUUCUUUGAACAGACUGAAUUGUGUCCUUUUUAGACAGGCUUGGUUUCGCAGUAUGGAUCGUACAUAAAGGAAAAUGUUAAGAACUACAUUAUGAGUCCAUAACUAAAUCUAAGAGUUGAAGAGUUUAUUAAAUCAAACGCGAAAACGGUUAACCACUCUAUCAGGAGCGCGUGGGUGGCCGCGUGGGUGGCGCAGUGGUGAGAGCAUUCGCCUCCCAGCAAUGUGGCUCGGUUCAAAUUCCAAUUCGAUCUGCGACACACGGACACGUUUUAACGAGUUCCUCAGAACUCCUUAGUUUCUAGGUGCGUAAACAAAUUAGAUUUUUUUAAUCAAUGCCCCACCGAUUUAAACUUUAGCAUGUUUUCCUCUUUCAGUGACAGGUGUCAUUGCUUACUGAUGUUUGACGCCGUCAAUAAAACUUCUAAUGACAUGGAGCUUUCUUAUUCAGUGCAAAGUGGCAGUGAUCAAUCGUGUGGUAAGAUGAAUUGAACACUCUUCAACUCUGAAACUCCUUAGCCAAUACGCUUUCGCCACCAGUCAUAGUGCCAUUUGAUUCGCAUAGUUAGACAUAGUUGGACUUCAACAAGCAGCAAAACGUUGAGCGUUUUCUCCUUUGCCCAUGCAUUCCGCCCAUUCCCAUUGCCCACUGCCCAAAAGAAAAAUUGCGCAACCAUUGUUUCCAAUAGGCCCUUUGCAGCUAGCCAUUCACGUAGUACAAAAUCGCCGUGCUGGGGAGCUAAAGUCGCACUGGGACAAGACAAACAAAAGGCAUUCAUAAUGUUAAAUGGUAAUUUCCUUUGUUUGUCUUGUCCCAGUGCGACUUUUCCUCUCCAGCAUGGCGGUUUUGUACCACGUGAAUGGCUAGCUACAAAGACCCUGUCGCUCCUGGGUAUUGUGCCUAAAGAAAUUGAAGGCAAUGCUGCUUUUUCGGCGAGGGGGUGGGCCUUGAGGUGCCUCAAGGUAUAUCAAACAAUGUGAUAGUUGUGUUUUCGCUUCAUUAUGAAAUGACAACAAAAGCCAAGUUCAUUUCUUUACGAAAAAGAGAAGGGCAGUUAAGUUGUUUGAUCGUGUUUUUAUUGUUAUUUUGUCACCUUUAAUUCAGAAUUGGUCAGUAUUUUUUUUAAAUAACGUUUCACCUUUGCGAUUUCAUACAGCUGUACCACCUGCAUUGCCAGCCUCUAUGUUGAUGCUAUUUGACCGUUUACUAUGAUAAAGGAAUCAAAACUGUGAAAAGCAUAAAAACUACUAUAUACUUGUGGUAGUUAGGAUGAUGUCAGUUGUUCGAAGUCUCAAUAUCAUAGUUUGACCCAGACCAUUUUUGAAAUGACACAAUUUAAAAUGCAAUGUGGGACAUAUGACCCACUUCGACUAAUUUCCGGAUUGAACACUGUAAGCGCCGUGUUUAGCAUUGAUCCUAAAUAAGGUGAUAUUACUCAAUUGCCAUCUCUUCUUGUCCACAGAUGAGGUUAUGAAUAUCCAAGGAAAUGACAAAAAUAGGUAAGUUUAUUUAAUCUUCGCCGAUUCUUUUUCUUAAAGGGAGCGCGCCAGGUCUUGGAUCGAAUAGGAAGCAAUUUUGAAAGACUGAGUAGUAGAUCAGUAACAGUGCAUAGUGUGAACGCACUUUGAAAUUGUGGCGCGGAAAUAUGAAGCAGUAUAUCUUCAAUUGUUUUUCUAAGUUUGUUCCGCUCGACAGUGCAGAUGGCACACCUUGCCAUUUAUUUUUUUUUCAAGUCGCGCACAUUGUUUCGUGUGUCACUGCGUUCUAACUUGCUUUCGUUUUUUUCUCCAGGGUGACCAUGAAUCUACCAAGGGUUGCCUUACCAGUUUCAGAGGACUCAAAGCAACAGGUCAGGCUGAUAGAUAGAUAGAGUGUUCAUUAUGACACGCUAGCGGGUCAAAUGGGAAACUCUUAGAUCAAAGGCGGGACUUGUCCAACUACCAAACUACAAGGAGACUUUUUUCCCCCCACCUGCCUAUUCACAAAGUUGAAAAUCGCGCAAGCUUUUUUAAAUUUCACCUUUUAACAACUCUGAAAAGGGACGAGGAGACUGCUCAGUGCGUGCCCCCCAAAAGUGGAAGUGUUCCAAGUUAUUCUGACCGGGGUUCCAAACCCGGACAAAGUAAUUGGGACACUUGUUCGAUUUCCCCAUCCUUUCCCCUCACAAAGUUGAAAAUUGCUCAAGCCUUCAAAUUGCACCUUUUAACAACACUGCAAAGGGGCGAAGGUACUACUCUUUGCAUGCCCAAAAAAUCGGAAGUGUCUCAAGUUUUUUUGACCGGGUUGUAGGUUCUUUAUUAUACUACAGAGUUAGGAAAUAGGUAUGACGCUUUUCACUUAAGCAUAUUAAUACAUCAACUUUUAUUUGUAAAGGAUUCUAAGGAUUUCAAGACGAGGAGAGGAGCGAAAUGCAAAAGAUUCGUGCGUGACAAAGUGAAACUUCAUUGGAGCCUUGUAUCCUUUUGCUGCGUUUAGGAACGGUUUCCUUAACUACUUUUUUUCAACUCUAGAUAAAGGAAACUAUUCAUAUCCAAUGGGAUACAUUUUCACGUUUAUUAUGUUGUUUAAGUUUGCUUCCUUGUUAGCAUGCUAUGUGCUUAUUAUAAAUCCAACUUUGUGUUUACAUAAUUCUAAACUGAAGAUUACUGUAAAGCUGUGGAAACAUGUUUUUAAACAUAAGAACUGUUCAAUUUAAAAUUUGUCGUGGUACAAAUCCACGAUUGACGAUCCUUAAUCUCUCUUCUGCUUCUUAGCAAACGGUUAGCGUGGUCUUUACAUGAAACACUUGCCGUUUGCUUAGGUGGAAAUGAAGUCCAUGGUUAAAUUUUUUGAAAAGCGCUUUACGCUAUCGACUUUAAAGACUUCAAAUAAACUAGGAAACAAACAAACAAACAAACAGACCAUCUUGAUGUGUUGCCCCCCUUCGCACUCAAGCACCGCAAUUUCUUUAGAGACUAACCCCUCUAUCAGAAGUUAGGAAUGUAAAUCUUCUAUAACAUCCUCAACGUGGCCUCAGCCGGCUUGUCGAGCAUCAGGUACCGGUAAUGUGGACAAUCUGAAGCUAGACGCCAUCAUGAUACAAGCCUUGAUGCCUGAUCCCAUUACGUUUGGUAAGCAAGAGGUCCCUCAAGUAUAGCGCUUUAGUUACAUCAAGCCGCAUGGCUAGUAGGGCACUAGCAGUCUGCACUAUCGGUUCCCCUCCCCACGGGGAUCAUUACGAAGGUGACUAGCAGAGCACGACUGAGAUCUCGGGAACAUUCAAUAUGCAGCUGGAUCAACCUAAAGGCAUGCUCUUGAAGGGGCUAGGUCACAUUUUUUGUAUUUUUUUUUUAACCCUAAAAGCACGUUGUAAUAACAGAAAACCCUGAAAUAAUGGCCCUGUUUUAUUCAAAAGCACUCUGCACUAUACCAUAACUGUCAGUGUAAGACUUAGGCCUUCAAUGUACAUGUGUUGUCGAAAAAUUAUUAGGUUUCGUUCUCCCUUAUGAAGAAUCAUUUGAUAUCUUUCUUUUAGAGUCCCAAUGCUUUUGACGUCUUUAUCCAUAAAUGGGCUAAAUCAUCAACUAUUAACAUAAUUUGGAGAAGCGUUAAAACGUAUGUUUAUCAAGUUAAAAGUGAUGAAAUAAUAGUCCAGCAGUAUUGAGAACAGUUGUAGUGAUGACAGAAAGUAAAGAUAAUGGUAUGCAACUUGUGAAAAAUUUCUUUUGUUUGGUUCUUUAUAGUUACAUUUUUUCCCUUUUUUGUCAGAAAGUAAUUGUGUUGAGCCGGUCGAACCAAAGACAUGCGUAAAUGCAUGCUACACCGUCCACUUGUGUUUCCCAAUACGCAUGCGCGUUGGCCAGAGGGUCCCACAAUUGCAGGAGUUUGUCAAUGCUGCCAAAUAAAUAUCAGUUGUGUCACUUACAGUUGACGGCUUCCCUUCGCUGAAGGUCAAGCGCAUUUAAAUCUAUUCUAGCAACCGAAAGGUUGUUGCGUUGGGUUGCCAUGUAGCGACGUGACCCUUGAAAGGCAGUCUCCUCUUCUUAAAUAACUGUUUUUUCUUCUCAUCUUUUUAAGAUGUAAAGAUAAACGGACAAGAAUACGACAACACAUCGCCAAACGAAGUGACGAGUUCUUUGUGUAGUAUUGUGGAUCUCAGUGUUCUAGUCUCUAAUAAAAGCGGUGAGUUAUAAGCUGUAGAAUUAAUUUUCUUAGGAUUUGCGCAUAUUUUUUUGGGUACUUGUGAUCUGUAACGCGUGCCUAAUUCAUGGUUUUUCCAAAUUAGUCACUUUAGAUAGCCUGUAUUACAAAAGCAGUUAUCAUAAAGCUAAAAAAAUAAUACUAAAUGAAGUGUAAUAUAAUAAUGCAGAAAGCCAACGUAUUUUACAGGACUGAAACGUUUUGAAAAAACUUGGCUGUCAAACUCGGUUGCUAUAGUAACGUCAAUGUUAACGUACACGUCACGGUGACUUUAAAAUAUUCUCACAUAAUUUUUUAGGAAAAGUCGCUAUGUUUGGUAGUCACAGCUUUAACGGUUUUGAAAUCGUUUACCUUUUUCGUGAGUGGGGCUCUAAACAAUCGCUCACCCCCCCUCCCCUCCCGGUCUGAUAGCGAGGACGACAUGUGAGGGGGUACGGGAGCACUCCGCAGAGCUUGCUUACAGGCUCAGGGUUAGGUUUGGAAGGUUUUAAUGACCUAUCCUGUUUGUUUUCUACUCUGUUGUCAUGCAGAUGAGUCACUUGGACCGUUGUUGCUUACCAUUGAGCCAUAUCAGGACCAAGCCUCUGGCUUUCCAGUGACCGAGCUGGAUGGAAAAUUGAGCUGGAUUGGGACGUUACAGCUCCACACGUCCGAGGUACAGUUUUAAUUUUUUUUACAUCUGUUGCAGUCUUUCUUGCUUUAGCCACGGUAAAACAAGCAACAUCAGGUUCAACUUGUUUUGCAACACUCGCACAAGGGUGUUGCGAAAAGUAGAACUACUCUCUACUUUCUGCAACAACUUUUUGUAACGUGGUACAACUUAAUUCGUGGUGGUAAAACUCGCAAAACCUCUUUUCAACUCGUUUUGCAGUGACGUUGCAAAACAAGUUGCACGUUUUAUUGCCCCAAUUUUUUACCCCUAACUACUAAAAUUUUAGGCUGGCGUUUUCAGAGAAGGGUUCCCUACUACCGUAAACUGUUUCUUAUAAACCCUUGGCUUAAACAUCUUCGUAAGGGUUUUGGAAGAGCUUAUAUCCGACGGGGGCAUAUAAGCGGAAUAGAAAAAGCUCUUCGAAACAAGCUAUAGUAGUGCUGGUUAAAAUAUAUGUUUUUGCAUGUACUAGUUUUUAAUCAAGCUACAAAACGUCAUAAUAAACAUAUUUCAUUUCAAUACACUUGGAGGGGCUUGUAUCCUGGGGUGAUGGGGUCUAUUAUCGUAUGUGUUUGCUGUGUUUAGAAGUUUGCCGGUCGAAUGAUAGACCUGCUUAAAUGCAAACUAUACCGUCCGCCUGUGUUUUCCAAUACGCAUUCGCUUGACCAGACGGUCCCAUAAGUGCUAGAAUUUGUCAAGGCUGCCAAAUAAAUAUCAUUUGCAUCAUGGGUAAUUUUUUUUUCUUUCCAGGUAGAUUGGCCUAAAAUUAAUUUUGGGUUGGGUGGAGCGGGGGAAGGGUGGUUGGGUGUUAUAAGUCGCGAGGCGGAAAAAAAGCCAGUUUACGGUAUCAUUCAACGCAACUGACCAACUCUUAGCUGUAUUUCGUUAUCCUUAGUUAUCGCCAGGAUCUUCUCUACGUCACUCUUGUUCAUUGGUGUUCUUGUAUGCUGGGCAGUAUAUGGUUUCUAUUUCUUGUACUGGAAUUUCCGACGAGCAAGCAGAUUCAAAAGACUCAGUUUCUAAUGUAAUGGAGCGAACUCGUUAUUUGGAAUCAAAUAUGGCAAACCUAGAGAAUGACAGCCCCUAUGCUUCGUUAAAGAAAACAUGGACGUUUUCGCCGCCGAUCAAAAUUAACGUGGUUUAG